AUGACAGUCAUUCACGACAAUGAUUCCAUCAAAAUUAAACGAACAGCAUCGAUAGAAAAUGAUCGUCAAUUGGCAAUGGAUGCUGAAAAGACUGAGUUAACAAUCAAUGAACCUAUAGUCGAACAGCUACAAAGUCAUCUGCUAGAUACGUCAACUGAAAUGUCUUCUUUUAACCCUUGCCGAGCCAAUUGUAAAUGUUCAACAUGUUUUGUUAUCACUUGUGUCUCACUUAUCCUUGGUCUUGUCAUGUUGUUCACUCUGAAUCCACUAGUGAAGAAUAUACUAUCAAAUAAAAUGACCAUCGUCGAAGGUCGUGAAGGUCAUCGAUUCUGGAAAGAUCCGCCAGCAACGAUACAUCGGAAAAUGUAUGUAUGGCAUUGUGCUAAUCCGAUUGAAGUGCAAAAUGGUGGAAUACCCGAAUUGAUCGAACGUGGACCUUAUGUUUAUCGUGAACAAUGGAAUCGGUCGAAUAUUUUUUACAGCGAUGAUCUAGAAACACUUUCAUACAUUCCAAUUACUACACUUUACUUUGACCGGAAUCAAUCGAUCGGUCCCGACGAUGAAUACGUCACUGUCAUCAAUGUACCAUUAAUGGCCAUGGCACAUGAAAUUCAAUUUAAUUCAACGAAGAUUCAGAAAGCUAUCAAUGUUUUUCUUGAACUACUGGAAACGAAACUGUUUGUUAAUGUUACUGUUAAGCAAUUAAUGGAGGGCUACACUGAUCCGCUGAUUGAAACAGCUAGCUUAAUUAAGCCCGGAGUGCUGAAAGAUAAUAAAUUUGGUAUAUUACAGCCGAGAAAUGGUUCAUAUUAUCAAAACUUUACUAUUCAUACUGGCCUGAGUGAUAUAAAACAAGUUGCGAAAGUUGUAUCAUUCAAUGGUGUCCAACAUCUGAAUUAUUGGUCGACAUUCCAAGCAAAUAUGUUGAAUGGAACAGACGGAUCAUUAUUUCCACCGUUUCUGACGAAAGACAAACAUGUUUAUUCUUACAAUGCCGAUAUGUGCCGAUCGUAUUAUCUAUCAUUCUUACGCGAAAGAAAAGAUGGUUACGUCACCUUGUACGAUUUCCACUUGUCGGCCGAUGUCUUCAACAUGUCUCGAGAGGAAAACCGUGGUUUUUGUGGACAGGGUCCUUGUCUCGGAGAUGGUGUUCUCAAUAUCAGUACAUGUUAUCAAGGAGUUUGGGGUUUUAUUUCCUCGCCACAUUUCUUUCAAUCAGAUAAGAAAUUUCGACAGGAUGUGCAUGGAAUGCGUCCAAAUGGGGACAAACACGAAUUUAUAAUGAGCUUUGAUCCAUUAACCAGUGUUCCAUUUGCAGUUAAUGUUCGACUGCAAUUGAGUUUCUAUAUGCCGCAAAUAAAAACGAUCGAUUUAUUAAAAUCUGUGAAGCCAAUCUUGAUGCCAAUAGUUUGGUUCGAUGACGAAGCACGUGUUGUACCAGACAUUAAAUCAGAACUAUCAGUAUUGAUCGUUUCGUUGAACGUUGCUUCGUAUGUGAAAUAUAUCUCACCAGCUGUGAGUCUAAUUGGAAUGAUCAUCACUUCGGCCUACAUUUAUAUACAAUGGCGAAGUGCUCGACGCGAACGAGUGAAUUCAAAAGUUCCUCUCCUUAACGGAACGUCGGAUGCAUAA